ACAAGCACCGAGGGAGAGGGAGCCACGAGAACAUGGUGAGGUGGCGAUCAGGUAUGGAGGCGGCGGCGCUGGUGGCGUUGGUGGUGCUGGCGGUGCCCACGCCCUCGGUCGCGACGGAUGCUCAGGGGGACUCGCUCGCCGCCGUCCUCAGGGAGGUCACAGGUCAACUGGAGAGGUUCAACACCCUGUACAUUAACAAGCUGGAGCGAGAACUGUCGAGCAGCACAGCCAAAAUCGCGGCUCUGGAAUCGGCCGUUAGGAGCAUAGGCGACCGUGCUGCCGCCUGGGACAACAUCCAGAACCACAUGACGGUCUGGACGGACCAGUCGCGCACGAUGGAGCGGAAGUUGGAUCUGCUCAACAGGUGUCACGAGAAGCAAGAUACCUGGGAAGUCAAGCUGAACGCCGUGGACGCUCUCAACCACAAGCUCACGGCGCUCGACAAGAAAAUUAACGCCAUGACGCGACUGGAGUUCAAGGUGGAGCAAGUGUCCGAAAGGGUUGAGGAAGUGAAUUCGAAGGUCAACUGGGUGAAGAAGCAGAUGGCGGCGCCGGAGCAGCCUAUGAUCACAGAAUUUGCGGGACGCGGCCUGCUCAGCUCGCUCGUGCAGAUCGAAUCCAAGCUUGAAAAUAUAUCCAGCAAGCUACCCGGCAUGGGCGGCGGCAAUGGCGGCGGCAAUGGCGGCGGCGGAGGAGGUGGAAACGGUGGAGGGUACGGCGGAGGCGGUGGAGGCGGCGGGGUCUUCUCCUCCUUCAAGAGGCCCAGGCAGGUGUACGGGUCGCGGUUCCGGCAGCUGCGCCCACGUGAACCCGAGCCAGGGAUCACUUCUCCAACGGCUUUCGUUGCAGAUGCCAAUACGUGCCAGUUGCAUCCGAGGGACUCCAGGAGACUGCAGGACGUGAGCGCCAAAGUCGACCUGCUGUUCGACCGCAUCACUGAUCCUGAUUAUGACUAUGAUUAUUUCGUCAGUCACAUCCCGCGGCCGUCGUCACUGAGCAGCCAGAGUAGCGGCCCCAACGGAGGCUCGGGUGCGGGUGAGGGUGAAGCCUCGCCCGAACACCUCUUUGCAAGAUUCUGGAAGAGUAUUUUCUCGCCUUUCAAGAAAAUGAACAGGAAGAUCAGAGUCUUUGAAAAUCAACUCACCGCUGUUCAGAAGUCGUGCAACACCAGCUUCAGCAUGGAAGGCUACGCGGCAGAAGUGGGCGGUGUGCUGCAGAAGAAGCUCAUGCCCCUGGACGAGACGCUGAGGGAGGAGAUGCUGGAGACGCGCAUUGCUGUCAAUGAUCAGGCAGCCAACAUUGAGAAGGUGUCGCAGGCCGUGGGCAACACCGCAUACAUGGGCGAGCAGUUGCUGACGGAGAUAAAGAACCAGUUCCACGCCCAGCGAGUCAUCAUCCAGGAGCGCUUCGACGAGACCCGCGGCCUCAUCCUCCAGCACUGCGCCAACGGCGGCGGAGGCGGAAGCGCGCCGCCCUACAACCCGCCCCUCGCUCCCCGCGACCCCGCCUACCCCACCACGCCCACGCCCUCCAAGCCGUCCAUCCCCAUAUAUCCGACGACGAGACUAAAGAAGGUCAGGAACAGAUACAACCGUGUACAUCCUGAUGCAGAGCCGGAAAUACACACAUUGCAAGGCGGAAGGGGACACAGGUUCAAAUAUCGCUACAAGUAUAGGUAUAAUGACCCUCUCCAGAGAGCUUUGGUACAAAGUCACCGCCAAGUCUCCAAAGUGGCUUCAAGGCCCCAGUCAGCCCAGGCCCGGAGAGGCAAGAUAAAAGGCUAUCGCCAGUCCGCUUCUCAUGAGGACACCCCGCAUGACAUGGCUCAGCCCGAGAGCCAGUCGAGGACGAGUCCCAAGCGCCAGCAAUCCCAAGGGUUGUCGGACCAGGGGAGCGCAGGGCGGUUGGGACGGAGUGCAAACGACCAAAAACCGACGGCCUCGGAGGUCAAUGACAUCAGGGACUGCACCAACCUCUUAAGUCAAGGAUACAGCCGAAGGAUCGUCUUCAACUUCAACCCGGACUCGCAGAGACACUCCAACGGGCAUGAUUACUUCCACAGGUACUGCGACCAGGAAACCGCCGGCGGAGGGUGGACUGUGAUCCAGCGGCGGGGCAUGUUUGGGGCGCCCUUCGACAACUUCACCAAGUCGUGGAGGGACUACAAGUUCGGCUUCGGUGACCUCUCGCGGGAGUUCUGGUGGGGCAACGAUAACAUAUACAGGAUGGUGCGGAGCCAGGAUACGGUCAUCCGCUUCGACCUGUGGGACUUCGAGGGCAACUACGCCUACGCUGAGUACUUGAGUUUCUCCAUCGGACCCGAGAGCGACAACUACCGGCUUAGCGUCUUCGACUACCGAGGCAACGCGUCUGACAGCUUCUCCGCCCACAACGGGUACCUCUUCUCCACCGUUGACCGAGACAACGACGAGGCGCCCGAAUGCUGUCCCUGCGCCCCGGCCUACGGUGGUGGCUGGUGGUUCUACAGCUGUUUCGAGAGCAACCUGAACGGCGACUACUUCACCAACCCGAAGGAGAACGACUACUACCGCGGGAUCGUCUGGGAGUUGUGGCUCGGCGACUACUCCCUCAGGGCCACCGAGAUCAAGAUCCGCCCCGCCAGCUUCUCCGGGGGCGUCUUCACCCCGGACCACCCCUACCCCCCUACCCCUCUGCCCGACCCGUACCCGACCGAAACCCUGGAGCCCGAGCUGCCCCUCCGACAGCCGCUGCAGAAGACAUAGGAAGUCCCGAGAGAAAGCAGGAGGACUUCCGCCUGGAGGAAUCGCCUGGUGCAGCGGUUGCACAAUCAACAUCCAGGCAGUUUUUUUUACGGAUACCAUUAAACACUUGGUGGAAAAAAAACAAUCUGAUGUUAAAUAUCUAUUUCUGUAUUAUUCUUAGUCUUCGCGAAAUACCCAAGUCCCUUGAGUUUGUAUUUCCGAAAUUCGUAGUUCACAAAAGAGCUAAGAAAUUCACCAUUACUUCCCCCCCUUACCUUUUCACUCAUCCUUGACCUUUCCUUCCUUCUUACUCAAGUGGCACUCAGUGUCCGUCCAUUAACAUAUCAGCAUGCAGAUACACAUUUCUGGAUCAUGAUGUAAAAUACCAUGAUACAUUCUCGUUGGCCUUUUGCAAAAAAAAAA